AUGGCUCCGCUGAAUAUCCUCAUUGUAGGCUGCGGCAUUGCCGGCCCCACGCUCGCCGCCUUCCUCCUUCUCUCACCCGUGCCCGCCUCUGAAAAACCACGAAUAACCAUUCUCGAGAGGUCUUCGGCCAUCCGUUCCCAGGGGCGGAAUAUCGAUAUCCGCGGCGUUGGUGUGGCCGUUAUCCGCAAGCUCGGGCUCGAGUCAGCCAUUCGGGCCGCAACAACGGGCGAAGAAGGCGUCCAGUGGGUUACCAAGGAGAACCAUGUCUGGGCGUCGGUCCCCGCCAGUGGCGGCGCUGGAUUCCAUUCCCCUACCAGCGACAUCGAGAUCAUGAGGGGCAGACUGGCCGAAAUCUGCUGGAAGCGGAGCAAAGCACUCAGCGACGACGUCCAGCGAAAGGGCGGGGCCGGGAUCGACUUUAUCUUUGGAGACCACCUCGGCGACCUGCGGCAGGAAAGGGCCAAGGUCUGUGUGCAGUUUGCCGAGAGCGGAGACACAAAAACAUACGACCUUGUCGUUGGUGCCGACGGGCUGCACAGCGAGACACGGAAAAUGGUAUGGGGGGCCGACGGAGAGGAGGAACGGGUGAAGCAGCUCGGUAUGUAUGGAGCCUUUUUCAGCAUCCCGCCGGCAGACACAGACACAAAGUGGCGGCGCUGCUUUCACACCGCCGGCCGCCGGGUCAUGAUGUUGAGGCCGGAUAAUCAGAGCGGCCGGACGACCGUCUUUCUCAACAUCGUCAACGAGAAAGACUCGCGCUUGCACGAUGCGGCCAGAAACGGGCAUGGUAGUGUGCAAGCCCAGAAGGAACUGAUCAAGGAAUAUUUCCACGACGCUGGCUGGGAGAGCGACAGGGUUCUCGGGGAGAUGAUGGAGACCAAGGACUUUUACUAUGAGACUGCGGCUCAGGUCAAGAUGGAAACAUGGAGCAAGGAGAGGGUGGUUCUCUUGGGCGACGCUGAGUACUGCCCGUCGCCCAUGUCGGGCAUGGGGACGACGUUGGCCAUGUACGGUGCCUACACCCUGGCCGGGGCUCUCGUUCAGCAUCCCCAGGAUAUCUCGGCGGCACUCGCCAAGCACGAACAGACAAUGCGGCCGUCGGUUGACGACGCGCAGAGGCUGAUGCCAGGCAUGCUUCGGCUCAUGAAUCCCGAAACACCCUGGGGAGUGUGCAUGGUCGAUACCGGCAUCAAGUUUCUCAUCUGGACUCGACUGAUACGCGUCUUGAUGAUGCUGAAGGGGUCAAAGACUGCCACAAAGCCGGUCGACGACUAUGGUUUCGAGCGGCUGCCGGAUUGGAGAGAGUAA